AACACUAGCAGUGCUCGUCACUUCUCUGACUCAAAAAGGAUGUCGUGCUGGUAGCAGGAGAAAGAUAUGGCGUUUAUGAACCAGUCAGGAUGUGGAGGACGACUCCUGAGAAACUGGGCGGGCGUUUGUGUGGCGUUGGUGUUGGUGGUGCUCCUGGUGUAUUUUGAAAUCUUUCUGUUAAUCAGGUGGUCUCAGACACCUGCAGAGGGUACUAAGAUGGCUGUUUCACCCCUGGAUAUGGCGUCUGAGUCCAUCGAUGACAUGUUCGAUGGCUGUCGGUCUGCAACAGCUUCCGCGAUUGACUUGUUUGGUGUGUUUGAGUGGCAAGUCAACAUCAACUUUAGCUACGCCUGGGCUUUAGUUGAAAAAAAGGCAAAGAAACCCGUGCACAAGCACCUGAAAGACGACCACGCCGUAGUCAUGUACAUUUUCACAAGAUAUGCAAGCAUCCGGCAAACUUUCAACAAAGCUUUAAAAACGGGAAAAGACAACUACAGCACAGGAAGAUUCAGGUUUCACUACUUUUAUUACUACUUGACAGACGCUGUCCAAGCUCUGAGUAAAUAUCCGACAUCAUGCAGAACCGUGUAUCACCGGACGGGGGAACGCUUUGACCAAAACAUUGUCAACACGAAUGUGCGUUUUGGUGCUUUUAUAUGGGCGAGUUCAAGCAAGCAGCCGUCUUGGUCUUAUAACAACAUCUCCUGCUUCGAGAUCUUCACAUGCUUUGGUGGUGACAUUACCUACUACUCCAGCAGUAAGCAACGGGGACAGGUGCUCAUUCCCACCUAUGAGGUUUUUAAGGUCACAGAUAUUGUGACCAAUGAUCCGUGGUGCAGAGUGGUCUACAAACUACAAAGCACCAAAACACCAAGAACGGACCAAAACUGCAAACUGUAUCCCAAUCCAACAGAAACCCCUUUUAUCGUGAAGUUGGUGCUUUGGCAUGGAGGAAAUGUUUUCAUGUUGGCGUGUUUUUCACUCUUGAUGUUGACAUCUUUUAUUCUUGUAAAGCAAAGGCAUGUUGGGUUUGUGGCUGCUGUGCUGGGAGCUCAGCUGGUGUUGAUAAUUGUUGCGUUCAUGUGGAGUUAGCAACACUUUCCAGUGGUGUGAGAAAGAGAUACUUCAUUUGCCCAUGUGAACCCCACUGUGAAGUCUACCUGAACUAUUGAGGCCAAUAGUGGUUGGAGUUUUGUCAACCAUUGAGUUUUAUGUUCUUGCAUGUUCUUAAAAUAUGUAUUCACAGUGACUGUACUCCCAACAGCCAUAAAAUACAACUCCUGAUUGAACCGUGGGUUUUGAUUAGGGAUGUCAGAUAUUAUCAGAUGGUAUUAAAAUGUAAUUAUGGAAAUGAUAGGUGUAGGACAUGUGGGGAUAGGGAAUUUUCUGUUUUAGCUCCGUCCCUCUGGAACAAGUUACCUCUUAACAUCAAGCUGUCUCCACCUUUGGCUGCUUUUAAGAAUCGCUUGAAGACUUAUUUUAAUGAUCUGGCUUUCACCUAAUCUGUUCUGUGACUGGUUUUAACAGAUUUUAAUAGCUUUUUAUUUUUGUUUGCUAUUAUUUAUUUUUUUCUUUUUGAUCCUAGUUGUAUUGGUGUCUUGUUUCUAAGUUUUAUUUGUGCUGUGUUAAGCGCUUUGGAUCCCCCUUGAGGAUGAUGGAAAGUGCUAUACAAAUAAAAGUUGAUUGAUUGAUAAGUAUGGGUUUUUACUCUUUUAAUGACACAAAGUUUACAUUCUAUGCACAUAUUGUACAUUAAACUCUUCAUCUACCUUUCCUCUUUCUCAAAAUGCCAAAUAAUGACAGUUCUGAUGUUCAGUUGAUAUAUUUUUGUUUGGUACUACUUUUUGAGAUGAAGAAAUAGACCUGCAUGUGGACAUUUGUCUGCAAUACAGUCUCACCAGAUUAUGACAUUUUUUUCAACAUAAAAUUGAUGACAUUUUAAUUUCAUUCAGUGAAAUUAUGUAAUUGAUUAUUUUUCAGCAAAAAUUUCUUCCAAAAAAGCUUAAAUGCAGAAAAUCAACAUCAAAUAUUUAAAGUGACAAUGUGUAGUUAGUACCAUUAAUCUCUGCAAAUAUCCAUCAAAAUGUUGUAGUAAAUGACUUAAAAGA